UGGCAAUACAGACCCCAUAGAGAGACAUGCAACUGGUGUCCACGUGGAUGGUUAAAAAUAGGGGAGGGAGAUGGAGAUGGAGCUCAAAAUCUUAUUGGUCAGAAAUCUAUCCACUAGAUUUCAUCUGCAGAUUUCAUUGAUCCUACUUGGCUCCUUACCAUAUGCCCCUUUUGAUCUCAUGACCAUAUAACCAGGAACCUCACUUCAUCAAUAUUUUAAAAGUAGAGACACAGGAAACUUUGCAUUGUAGCUUUAAUUACUUACCACUAUCAUCAACAAAACAAACAUGACCACCACAUCUGCUGCGGUGCUGAAUGGCUUGAGCUCCUCUUUCUUGACUGGUGGCAAGAAAAGUCAGGCCUUGUUAGGUGCUCCUGUUGCUACCAGAGUUGGUGCUGCUGCCACUCCCAAGAGGGUCAUUGUGGCAGCUGCUGCUGCUCCCAAGAAAUCUUGGAUUCCUGCUGUUAGAGGUGGUGGCAACUUUAUUGACCCCGAGUGGCUCGAUGGCUCGCUCCCUGGUGACUAUGGUUUUGACCCACUUGGUCUUGGUAAGGACCCUGCAUUCUUGAAAUGGUACAGAGAAGCUGAGCUCAUUCAUGGCAGAUGGGCAAUGGCUGCAGUAUUGGGCAUCUUUGUUGGUCAAGCAUGGAGUGGCAUUCCAUGGUUCGAGGCUGGUGCUGACCCUGGUGCUAUUGCACCUUUCUCUUUUGGAUCACUUCUUGGUACUCAGCUUCUCCUCAUGGGGUGGGUUGAGAGCAAAAGGUGGGUCGACUUCUUCGACCCCGACUCUCAGUCCAUAGAAUGGGCCACUCCAUGGUCCAGGACUGCUGAGAACUUCGCCAACUUCACUGGUGAACAGGGUUACCCAGGCGGCAAAUUCUUCGAUCCUUUGUCAUUAGCUGGUACACUCAAGGAUGGUGUUUACAUCCCUGACACAGAGAAGCUUGAGAGAUUAAAGCUUGCUGAGAUCAAGCACGCUAGACUUGCUAUGUUAGCCAUGUUAAUUUUCUAUUUUGAAGCCGGGCAAGGGAAGACACCCCUUGGAGCUCUUGGUUUGUAAGAGAUUUUAUAUUAAACAAUUCACUGUAAAGAGCUGUUGGAUGUAGAAAGAAGAAACUAAAGCUUGGAUUUAUCACUUCAAGCUUUUUCCCCUUGAGAAUA